AUUGAAAAGUAAUAACACUGAGGUAUAUGAAUUGGCUGUACAAAUAUUGGAAUCGAUCCUAAGAGUACCAGCUAAUCGUAUAAAAUUUUGGAAUAUUCAACAAGGAGUUGAAACGUUGGCUACUCUUCUUAAAGUUAGAAAUCCUUCUUUACAAAUGCAAUAUCAGAUCAUCUUUUGUUUUUGGCUUUUAACGUUUAAUAAAGAAGUAGCCGAAGAUUUUAACAAGAAAUUUGAUCUCAUUCCAACUUUAAUUAACAUAGCUAAAAGUGCCAUUAAAGAAAAAAUUAUUCGUGUUAUUAUUGGAACUUUUAGA